UGUAAAAUUGCGGUGAUAGUAGUAGUAGCAAUACAAUCAAAAAGAUUUGCUCAGAUGCCGUAAUGAGUAAAAGUACACAUUAUUCAGAAUGGCGAUAUUCAGCUGUUGUUCGUGUUGGAGUCAGAUAAGAAAUGUCCCCAGAGUAGAGAGGGUCAACUGAAGACAGCUUGUGUCUGAAGAUAAUAGAGAUGGGCCCCCUUCCCGCACAACCCUGGGCUCUCAGCAGUACAGUCGUUCAGCUUGACGGAGGAGACACUGCUGCUGAGUUUCAAGCUUUUGACAGAGCCAUGGAGGAGAAAGAGCAGUCGAUAGGAGGGCCUCAUUUUGUGGGGAAAAAAGAUGAGCUGAUUGAAGCAAAGCGCUCUUUCAAAACACUGGAGGGUCGGGAUAUCCUGAUCAUCUACCAUCAGGGAGUCUUCUAUGCUAUGGACUCUUACUGUUAUCAUGCUGGGGGAAUGCUACAGAAUGGCGACAUCGAGGAAAUUGACGGCAAGAUGUGCAUAAUUUGUCCAACGCACAAGUACAAGAUCUCUCUAGCCAAAGGGGAGUGCUUAUACAAGGGCAUCAACCCCAGGGAAAAGCUGCCUGUGCCUAGAUGGUACUCCAAGGGUGUGAAGCAGCGGAUCCACACGGUCACUGAGACCAAGGGGGACGUCUACGUCAAGCUCUCUGAAGAAACGAGCUGGAUCGAGUCAGACUACUACCAGGGAGAAAAGGGCAAGGUGGAAAGGGCCAAAGCGGAGGCUGCUGAGAAGAAAACAUCUUGAUAGUGACACGGAUGGAUGCAGAUAGCAUCUCUGUAGUCUCUUUUUUUCUCCACUGGUCUCCUCUAAAUGAAUGCACGAUGACUAUGUGGAGAGGAUGUCAGAUAGUUAAUGACAUGCGCUUAGUGCUCCACUUCAAGUAAUUAGUUGGGCUUGCAUGGCCUUAAAAUGGGUCUUGUUGUUAAUGAGUUUGUGAGUAUUUAGAAUUUUAAAUUGCUUCAUUUGUGGCUUCUUAGUUGUUUACAGACAUGAUAUUGAAAUGUUUUCCUAGAAAGUCGGGUCGCAUAAUUCCAUAUUAAGUGGACAUUUCCUUCUCAAAACCACCAUGUAGCUCACUAAAUAAA